GAUGCGUGCGCCGCUCCGGAGUCAAAGCAGAGAGAGCGAGGGGAAUCAGUGCGAGCGACGAACGGGAGGACGGAUAACGGUACCGAGGACAACAGGGAUGUACAGCAAACAUAGGCAGAAAAAUGCCCAAAUAUCACCGGCACAAUGUGGACGUUCGCUUAUUAUGUUGUCUUUGCUACUACUGAAUGGCAUACUGGAAAGUGCAAACGGAGAUACCCGAGUACAAGGAGAGUUAAGGGGACAGACGGUGACAGCACAGUGGAUCUCUCCUGGACGUACCAAGAGGGAAGAUGCUGGGACUGCUGCAAAACAGGACCAGUAUCCAGACAGAGGGGAAAUAGUGCUGUCCUCCAACAACCUUGAACUGGUACUACAAGUGGAACGGAAUCAGGAGCUCCUGGGCCCAGACUUCACAGAAACCCACUACAGUGAGGAUGGGCAGCCUGUAACUGUGGCCACCAAUUACAGUGAUCACUGCUUCUACCACGGGCAUGUAAGAGGACACAUGGACUCCUGGGCCGCCCUUAGCACAUGUUCAGGAGUGAGGGGCCUGAUUGCCUUGAACUCAAAUGACACCUACUACCUUGAGCCAAUCAGAGGGCUGGACUCUCUCCAUCACUCGCUGGUCAGCGCUGACGAUCUGCCAAUCAGAGGCGGGACUUGCGGCCACGGGCAUCAGACUGGACACCCCAACCUCCUCUCCGGUCUGCUUAAACCUUUGCAUCAAAGGGUGAGACGAAAUGCCUGGGGCACUACCAAGUACAUGGAGCUGUACAUCGUGGCUGACAGUACACUGUAUAAACGACAGAAUAAGGACUACCAUAAAACCAAGAUGAGGAUAAUGGAGAUUGCCAAUUAUGUUGAUAAGUUCUACAGGGCUCUGAACAUCCGGGUGCCUCUGAUUGGCCUGGAGGUAUGGAAGGAGAGGGAUGAGUGCAUCAUUACAGAGGAACCCAACACCACACUCUGGUCCUUCCUACAGUGGAGACAGAAGCUUAAGUCCCGCAAGAAGCACGACAACGCACAGCUACUGACGGGAGUGAUAUUUAAAGGGACCACCAUAGGGAUGGCACCGUUGGAGGGGAUGUGUAGUCUGGAGAACUCUGGAGGCAUCAAUGUGGACCAUUCGGAUUUAUCCAUCGGAGCUGCCGCCACCAUGGCCCACGAAAUCGGACAUAAUUUUGGGAUGAGCCACGACCACGAGGGCUGCUGUGUGGAGGCGACUGCGGAGCAAGGGGGCUGCGUGAUGGCUGCUGCCACCGGGCAUCCAUUUCCCCGGGUGUUCAGCCGCUGCAGUAAGCUGGACCUGGACAACUACUUCCAGAAGGGAGGAGGGAUGUGCCUCUUCAACAUGCCCGACAUGAAGGACCUGGUCGGGGGCAAGAGGUGCGGCAACGGCUUCGUGGAGGACGGAGAAGAGUGCGACUGCGGAGAGCCAGAGGAGUGCAGUAAUGACUGCUGCAACGCCAACAACUGCAGUCUGAAGGCAGAGGCUCAGUGCGCCCACGGGGUGUGUUGUGAGGGCUGUAAGCUGAAGCAGGCAGGUACCAUGUGUCGUGGUCCUGCAGGAGCGUGCGACCUGCCAGAGUACUGCACUGGUGGCUCUCCCUACUGCCCGUCCAACGUUUACCUGCUGGAUGGAUCCUCCUGCCAGUAUGGUCACGCCUACUGCUACAACGGCAUGUGUCUGACCCACGAACAGCAGUGUCUGCAGCUGUGGGGUUAUGGUGCCCGGCCAGCGCACGACGCCUGCUUUCAAGACGUCAACGCAGCAGGGAACGCGUUUGGAAACUGUGGGAAAGACGGUCAGGGAAACUACAUGAAGUGCGAAAAAAGGUUUGAGUGGGAAACAAUGUCCUCUUGUAAACCUACAAUAACACGGCAUAGUAGUUCCAAUUCAACUACAAUCAUCUUUGUGUUACUGCAGGUGUGUAGGGACCGCCGGUGCCAAAACGCCUCUUUCACCGAGCUGGAGGGCUGCAUCGCUCGCUGUCAUGGCCAUGGGGUGUGCAACAGCAAUGGCAACUGUCACUGUAACCGAGGGUGGGCACCUCCCUUCUGUGAGAAGCUUGGUCUGGGAGGCAGUGUGGACAGUGGGCCUGUCCAGUACCACAGUCAGCUGGGCUUGGUGUUGGGUCUUCUGUUUGUCUUCCUGGUUCUCCUACCUGGGAUCCUCAUCACCUUCUACUGCUAUAAGAUCAAGAGCUCCUACUACCACAAGUGGCUCUCCCAGAGAGACAAGAACAACAAGGCUAACAGACUUGAAGGCUCCAUGGAGAAGGGUAAGAAUGGACACCUCAACCCGGCGUUUCAUCUGAAGGUGGUGGGGCCGGCAAACAAAGGAAACAGUCACAAGGGGCUCCCUCACACCAGCAAAGAGGUGCUGCCUCUCCGGCCGGGCCCCACCCCUAACGGCACUCAGCCUGUCAACAUUGUGCGUCCCCUAAGGCCCGCCCCCUCGCCGCACAACACACCACGGCGCUUCAAGGUGGCCCACCCACCUUUACUUGUCAGCAAGCAACCCGGGGCCCUGCCGAAAUCCCCCGCUCCCCCUCAAAAACUUACGCCACCCAAGAAACCACUUCCCCUCAACCCAACACGAUCACCACUGGUAUCCAACCCAUCACGAUCACCACUGGUAUCCAACCCAACACGAUCACCACUGGUAUCCAACCCAACACGAUCACCACUGGUAUCCAACCCAACACGAUCACCACUGGUAUCCAACCCAACACGAUCACCACUGGUAUCCAACCCAACACGAUCACCACUGGUAUCCAACCCAACACGAUCACCACUGGUAUCCAACCCAACACGAUCACCACUGGUAUCCAACCCAACACGAUCACCACUGUUGGUGUCAGAGCUGCAGCCCAGACACUCCCCCUCUCCUCCUCAGAGGCCCCUGCCCCUCAGCCCCGCCAGAGGGGUGGUGUUACCCGUGAGCCCAGCGAGGGCGAUUCCUCCCAAACCCUCCAAUGGGCUGCUGGUGAUGAUGCCCCCUGCCGUCGGCCCCAAACCAGUGGGCAAGCUGUCCGUCAUCCCUCCUCUCAAAGCACUCCGACUGGUCCCAGGAGCGAAACCAAACACAGUCUCCUCGCCUUUCCGAAAAUGACCCUGGGACCCGAGCCUUCCCUUUCCGAGAGGAGCCUAUCAGGAGCCAGCAGUCAGUCAGCAACAGUCAGCCUAUUUGCACUACAGCGACCUUGUUGGAGGGCUGGUACAAGACAGGUGUUGACCAACAGUAAUAGCUAGGGGGCAAGGCAGAGGCUGAUGGAGGGGGAAAGA